AUGCCCGAUGAAAAUAACGAAUUGGCUGCUUUUGUUCUACGCCGUGGACAGAUAAAAGCACAACUCACUCGUUUUCAAACAUUUCUAAAUGAGCCAAAGUCCAAGAUCAUAACGCAAUUAAGAUUAAGGGCUGAGAAAAUUCGCGAAGCAUGGAGCGAAUUCGACGCAAUUCAAAACAAUAUCGAAAUGUUAGACGUUAGUAAUAAUGAGCAAUUACAAUAUAGGUCUGCGUUUGAAGAUCUAUAUUUCGAUUUAAUGACCCAAGUUGACGAUAAGCUAUCGGGAACCAACGCGUCCGUACAAAAUCAACAAACAAUACAGGGUGAUCAAAUCGAAGUCACAAAAAAUCAUAAUUUUUCAUUAGUAAAACUCAAACCGUUAGAGAUUCCUACAUUUAUGGGAAAGUUCGAGGAUUGGGUUACAUUUCAAGACAUAUUUUGCGCAUUGGUACACACAAAUAAAUCAAUAACAGAUAUUGAAAAAUUUUGUUAUUUAAGAAAUGCACUAGAAGGUGAAGCUAGUUCAUUAAUUAAAAAUUUAGAAACAUCGUCAACAAAUUACGAAAUUGCAUGGAGAAUAAUUACAACGAGGUACAACAAUACUCGAAUGUUAAUACAAACACAUACGAAGCGCAUAUUCGAUUUGGAGCCGAUUAACAAAGAAUCGGCUAUUAAGUUAAAAAACUUAACCGAUUCACUAAAUGCACACAUUCAAGCGUUAAAAGCAUUAAAACAUGAUCCGUACAAUUGGGGUGCAUUGCUACUUCAUGUCAUUUAUACAAAACUUGACACAAAUUCAAUACGUCAGUGGGAAGUAGAAGUGUUGAGAGACGACUUACCGAGUGUGCAGUCAAUGAUGGAGUUCCUGGGAAAGAGAUGUCAAAUGUUGGAGUCAGUCGAAAAUGCAAAAAUGUUAAUAUUCAAGCAAAAUGAUCCAAAUUAUUCGUCAACCAAAACCUCAAAAUUUAGAACCUCAAAAAAAGAGGCAUCGACAUUCCUAACAACGUAUAAAAUGAAAUGUUACUUGUGUCAGCAACCGCACCCAAUAUAUAAAUGUACUGUAUUCUUAGCACUUAAUAUACCUUCUAGAAUAAGCAAGGUCAACGAGUUGAAAUUAUGCAGUAAUUGCUUAAAAAAGUCCGACCAUCGGGUAAACCAAUGUCCCGCGAGGAAAUGUGGAAAAUGUCAAAAACUACAUAAUUCACUCUUACAUCAAGAAAAAGAAGCCAGCUCGGAAGAAGGAAAUAUACAAGGUAACGGAUCAAACGAUGCAGUAGUGGUAGCGCAUACUGUAGAUGCCGCCGACACCGAUAAUCAAGUACUAUUGGCGACGGCAAUAAUAAAAAUAUCAAGUUCCGCCGGCAGAAAUAUACACGGCCGAGCAUUAUUAGACAACGGGUCUCAAAGUAAUUUUAUUACGAAUCAUUUGGUACAUAAACUGGGUCUCAAACGUCAUAAAGUAAAUAUACCGAUAUGCGGAAUAAGCGAGUCGAAGAACAAUAUAAAGUACAAAGUAACAGCUGUCGUGCAAUCAUUAAAUAGUUCGUACGUAACGUCAAUCGAGUUUUUAGUGUUAUCAAAAAUAACAGGUUCAUUACCGCAUACACCUAUACGCGCCAUAAGCAUUCCCGACAACGUUAAUGUUGCAGACCCUUCAUUUAAUUGUCCGGGCAAUAUCGACGUUCUUAUCGGAGGUGAUACCUAUUGGAAUAUAAUGUGUAAUGAGAAAUUAAAAACCAAAGACGGUCCGUAUUUGCAAAAAACAUUAUUCGGAUGGGUGGUUGUAGGUAAAACAUCAACACAAUUAAGUACAACAAAGUUAAAUUCGUGUCUACUAACAACUCAAAAUCAAUACCAAAAUUUGGAUAACAAAAUAGAGUUAUUUUGGAAAAUGGAGGAACUAUCGUCGAAGCACAAUUUCACGGACGAAGAAAAAUCGUGUAUAACGCAUUUUAACGAAAACCUCGCUCAAAACGAGGACGGUAGAUUUAUAGUUAAAUUACCGUUCAAAGAAAAUUGUCAUCAGCUGGGUAACUCAUACACCUCAGCUCUACGUAGAUUUCUAUCAUUAGAAAAACGGUUAAUAAAGAAUCCCGAACUAUACAUGAAGUAUAAAAUGUUUAUGACUGAGUACGAAAAUCUUAAUCAUAUGGAACGCGUUUAUGAUACGGGCGGCGAUAAGCAGUUAAUCGAUUCCGCGAAAUAUUUUUAUCUACCGCACUCAUAUGUAAUUAACGAUCGUAGUAGAACGACAAAGUUACGCGUCGUGUUUGACGGGUCAGCAAAGACUAGUAGCGGUGUGUCAUUAAAUGACACACUAAUGAACGGACCAAAAAUACAACCAGACCUAUUAGAUAUCGUGGUACGUUUCAGAACAUAUAAAUAUGCAUUUUCGGCGGAUAUAACGAAAAUGUAUCGUCAGGUGUUAGUUCACGAAGACCAUCGCGACUAUCAGCGUGUAUUAUGGAGAUCAGAUCCAAAUGAUGAAGUAAAGGUAUAUAGACUAUGUACUGUUACUUAUGGGUUGGCGCCAGCAGGUUUUUUAGCAAUAAGUUGCAUCAAUCGUCUCGGCGAUAAGACCACUAACACGAAGUUAAAAGAAAUAAUUAAAAAUGAUUUUUGUGUAGACGAUUGCCUGACCGGGGCAGAUUCGUUGUUGGAAGCAAUUGAAUUGCGCAACGAAUUAAUUUCGAUUAUGCGAGGUGGGGGAUUUGAACUAUCGAAAUGGACAACGAAUCAUACAGAUUUACUUCUAAAUCAUAAUAAAAAUGAAAUAACGACCGUACCAAUGGAUAGGGAAAGCGUGAAAACUUUAGGUUUAUACUGGGAGCCGAAAAGUGAUUACUACACGUAUGUCGUACAAGUACCGAAGGUAAAAGGUGAAGUAACAAAAAGACACAUUCUUGCAGGCCUAGCAACGUUAUUUGACCCAUUAGGCCUAGUAGGCCCGAUAAUAUUGAUGGGAAAAAUAUUGUUACAAAGUUUAUGGCGCGAAAAAAUCGGUUGGGACAGCCCAGUUCCACAUCACAUACAAUUGGAGUGUGAAACAUACAAUAAUUGUCUAAAUGAGCUCAAUUCAUUUAGUAUACCUCGGUGGCUGGGUUCCGACAAGAAUAAACAAAUAGAGAUACACGGAUUCGCUGAUGCAUCUAUGAAGGCAUACGGUGCGUGUAUAUAUAUGCGCACAAUAGACACGGACGGCAUCGUUAAAUCGCAAUUAGUAUGUGGAAAGUCUCGUAUCGCGCCAGUAAAGGUUAUUUCAAUCCCCAGACUAGAGCUAUGUGCAGCACUUCUCUUAUCGCGUCUAAUAAACGUAAUUAUACCUGCACUUAAUCUGAAUAUAUUACGACGAUAUUUAUGGACGGAUUCGACCGUCACGUUAGAUUGGAUAUCCGCGGAGUCGAACAGGUGA